GUGCAGGCUGCUGCGGCCAAAAGCCGAGGAAUGCAAUGGCAGUGCGGUUUCGAGGUUGCUGGACGUCAACCGCGAGCACCUGGCCAGUGGCGAGGCCCACACGCUGGCGGAGAUCCACGUGCAGCGGGCGGGCAGCCUCAAGCGCGAGAUGCCGCAGGUGGUCUGCCUGGUGUGCGGCGCGACCGCAGCGCUGAAGGCGGAUGGGUUCCGCCGCCCGUGCGUGCUGGUCGCGCCGGCCAAGGGCAGGUGCGUCCUCUCCAAGCUCGAUCGCAGGCUCCUGCCGAGCGUGGCAGCGCCCGACGCGGUGCCGAUCGAGCUGGCCGCAGCCGUGCCGUGCGUCGGGGCCUGCGAUCCGUAG